AUGCCAAUUAUAUAUGGACUAGUAGCCAGAGGGUCAGUUCUAUUGGCCGAGCAUUGUGCGAGCACCGGCAAUUACCAGACAGUUGUGACACAUAUACUUGAAAAGAUACCGGACGACGGCCAAAAUAGCAAGAUGACCUAUGUCUAUGAUCGCUAUCUGUUUCAUUACAUAAAGCGAGACGGUCUCGUAUACAUGUGCUUGGCUGACGAUGUAUUUGGUCGUCGAAUUCCAUUUGCCUUCCUGGACGACAUUGCUCAAAAGUUCGAGGCAGCCUAUACUCAUGAACGUGCACUUUCUUCGAUUGCUUAUGGUCUGAACGAAUUCUCAAAGGUCAUUGCUCAACAAAUGGAAUACUACUCAAAUCCUAGCUCAGAUUCCAUUCGUCACGUGCAAGGAGAAAUCGAAGUCGUCAAGGAUGUUAUGGUGUCAAACAUUGAAAAAGUUCUUGAACGUGGAGAGCGCAUCGACAUACUUGUCGACAAAACAGAUUCGUUGAAUCAUGCGUCGUUUGCCUUCAAAAAGCGUAGUACGGCCUUGCGACGUCAGAUGUGA